GCUUUUGGGCUUGGGACCAGCUGUUUCUGCUCUAGCCAUAUCUGCAGCAACACAAUAUCACAACCAGAGAAAACAAACCGCAGAACAUGAACGGGUUUUGCAUGCUCGCCACUCUGCCUUUUCUUGAAAUUAUUUCUCAAAAGCGCCGAACUCUGGAUCUAUUUCGAUAGAUGUCAAUUCUACACAAGGACGGAAGGAGCAUGCUCCAGUCUGCAUCCUUGAAGCAGUCUGAAAAGAUCCAGCAGUGAAAAGUCAAGACAUUCUGAGCAGACUUCUAAUCAGUUUGGACAACAUUUGGUCUAUCCAGAGAACUUUUUUUUCUGCCUUACAUUAUUUAACCAAUUAUUAUGGUUCACUUGUAAAUUGAAUCACACACUCACAAAGAGAGGCAUACAGUUCUAUUUUGACAGAGUAACUCGUGCCCUGAUUGAUUUCUUCUUCAGCACUUCUCCACAACUUUAUUAGCUCUCGAGAUUCAAAAAAGGUUCAAGGGAGUUCACGACAAAUGAUGACAUCUUCACCCGGCAAAGGAAUUUUACGUCCUGUGCUCUAUGCUGUCAUCUUCCUGGGUUGCUUUGUGACUUUAAUAAUACUUUAUGCCAAUCCAUCCAACAGCUGGAUCUCCGGUCCCAUGGAGUCAGCAACCUCUGUGUUCAAGAUAAAAAAACUGUUCUCAUCAAAAAAUGAGGCAUUGGAAAAUCAAACUAUUGUGCUCAUUUGGCUCUGGCCCUUUGGACAGACCUUUGAGUUGAAUUCCUGCAGCUCUCUAUUUAACAUCCAAGGUUGUCUCUUAACAGUGGAUAGGAGCCUAUAUAGUAAAUCUCAUGCAAUCCUUAUCCACCACAGAGACAUCACCUCAGACACCUCCAAUGUACCACAAACCGUUCGACCCCCAUUCCAGAAGUGGGUAUGGAUGAACCUCGAAUCGCCAACCCACACUUCACAAACAUCUGGACUCGAGCACCUGUUCAACCUGACUUUAACUUACAGACGGGACGCUGAUAUUCAAGUGCCUUAUGGAUCCCUGAUUGGAAACCAGGAGCCUAUGGAGUUUGUAUUACCCAUAAAAAACAAAAUGGCCUGUUGGGUUGUGAGCAACUGGAACCCUGACCAUGCUAGAGUGAAGUACUACAAUGAGCUGGACAAGCACAUCGAAAUCCACACCUAUGGCAAAGCCUUUGGUGAGUACUUGGAUGACUUGAUUUCCACAGUGUCCACUUGUAAAUUUUAUCUGUCCUUUGAGAAUUCCAUCCACAAGGACUACAUCACAGAGAAGCUGUAUAAUGCUCUGCAGGCGGGGUCUGUACCAAUCGUCCUGGGGCCCUCAAGAGAGAACUAUGAGAAUUAUAUCCCUGGUGAUGCCUUUAUUCACGUGGAUGAUUUCCUUUCACCAAGAGAGCUGGCGGAUUACCUUAUAGCCCUGGAUAAAAAUGAGGAUAUGUACCUCCAGUACUUCAGCUGGCGGAAACACUUUUCAGUGAAGAUGGCAAGGUUUUGGGAGGAACACGCUUGUCUCACCUGUGAUCAUAUUAGAAGACAUAAGGAGUACAAGUCGCUUCCUAAUCUUAAAACAUGGUUUUGGGAAUAAAACCAUGCAUUACAGAGCCCUAUUCACAAAGAUUUAACUCAUGAAUGCUUUGAUGAUAUAAUGAUUGUUUGAUGCAAGUGACAUUUUUCCCGUAUGUUUGUUGCUGUCUUUAACAACUCAUACUCAGAUUUUAUUUAAUUCAU